UUGGGAACGAAGUGAAGCAAUGACCGCCGUUGGAAGGACACACCGCCUGCAACAAUGGACCGCACCCAGGUCUCGCAGCAUCUAAACUACAUCCGACUGGGCAAAGCUUAUCGAUGCCACUAACAUCGUCCCGUUACUUCCUCAGGGAGUUCAUGUUGGAGAGAUGACUGUACAGGGUUACCGGACUAUCCUGUGGAUUACCGUUGUCUUAUGCAUAUGUGGAAGAGGUAACCCGUAUGGUCUUCGGUACAACAACCACACCUCACAGUCUGUGGUCUUUGCCAGAGAGGACGGAGAUAUCAUCCUUGGAGGUCUGUUUCCUGUGCACGAAAAGGGGGAUGUGAGAGCCUGUGGAAACGUUAAUUUGGACAGAGGGAUUCAAAGACUGGAGGCCAUGCUUUUCACUAUAGACUGUAUUAACAACAACGACUCUAUCUUACCAGGCAUUCGUCUUGGGGCAAACAUUUUUGACACCUGUGGCAGAGCUACAUAUGCCCUAGAACAGUCCCUUGAGUUUGUACGCGCGUCAAUGAGUGCUCUGGAUGAGUCCGAGUUUACAUGUGAGGAUGGUUCACAAGCUAGACCAAAGAACCCUUUGACAGCAGUAGCAGGCGUUAUCGGAGGCUCGUACAGCAGUACUUCAAUCCAAGUAGCAAACCUCCUUCGUCUAUUUCGUAUACCCCAAAUAAGCUAUGCAUCAACUAGCGCCGCUUUAAGUGAUAAAUCUCGUUUUGAUUACUUCGUCAGGACUGUGCCGCCGGAUACAUUACAAGCUAAAGCUCUAGUGGAUAUUGUCCAAUUCUUCAACUGGACCUAUGUGUCGACAGUCUACUCCGAGGGAGAAUAUGGAGAAAAUGGCAUAGAUUACUUUGAAAAUGAAGCACGUAAAAGAAAUAUUUGUAUUGCUCUUUCGCUAAAAAUAAAUUCAAAUUCCAACCCUAGAACCUUCGAGGAAAUAGUGACUCGUCUGAAAGAUAAAGACCGAGCUAAGGUGAUAAUUGCUUUUGUCCGGGAGGAGGACGCGAAAAAGCUUCUGGCGGCGGCGACUAACCUUAGUAUUACUGACCGGUUUGUGUGGAUAGCUGGUGAUGGAUGGGGUGUACAGGAUGUACAGGGUGAGGACAAUAAACUGGUAGCCGAAGGGGCAUUGACUAUAGAUUUACAAUCAGUACCAAUACCUGCUUUUGAUAAAUACUUUACAAAUCUCAACCCAGCGCAAAAUAACAGAAAUCCAUGGUUCAGGGAAUACUGGGAAAAGGUUCACGGCUGUAGAUUUCGUAUUCAUACUGAUGACAAAAAUCUUACCCAGCGAACUUGCACAGGAGAUGAAAGACUGACGCCUACAAAUUACAAACAGGAAAGUAAAGUUCAAUUUAUAUAUGACGCAGUAUACGCAAUGGCUUAUGCGCUAGACAAAAUGCAGAAAGACCUCUGUCCAAACAGUACUGGGCUUUGUAGCCGAAUGGAGAAAAUCAAUGGCGAGCGUCUUCUGAAGGAUUACAUACUGAACACUCAUUUUAAAGAUGGACAUGGGGGCAUUGUUCGGUUCGAUGAGAAGGGUGACGCGCUAGGGCGGUAUAACAUCUGGAAUUACCGCCGAAAGAGAGGUACAAAUGACUAUAGUUAUGACAAGGUUGGAACAUGGAUGAAUGAACUCGACCUUGACCCAAGCCAUAUUGUUUGGGCAGGAGGCACGGACGAAAUUCCGUCAUCUCGUUGCAGUGAGCCGUGUAAUUUCGACGAACGGAAGCGGAUGCAAACUGGAGACACGUGCUGCUGGAUCUGCACAAAGUGCCAGAAUUAUGAAUACCUCAAAGAUGAAUUUACGUGCGAAGAUUGCGGCGAUGGAAAAUGGCCAUAUCCAGACAAGCGCAGCUGUUUCGAGUUAGACCUGCAGUUUAUGAGAUGGGAAAGUAUUUACGCCAUUGUACCGAUUUGUUUAUCGGUCGCUGGCACCAUCGCUACACUGGUGGUUAUCGCCACAUUUUUCAUGUACAAAAACACACCUAUCGUGAUGGCAUCGGGAAGAGAACUCACGUAUGUGCUACUCUGCGGUUGUCUGUUUUGUUACCUCAUGACGUUCGUACAACUUGCAAUGCCUUCACCUGUGAUUUGUGCUCUUCAGCGCUUUGUUGGCUUUGGAUUUUCAGUGAUUUAUUCUUCUUUAUUAACUAAAACUAAUAGAAUUUCACGAAUAUUUGAAAGCGCCAGGCGGUCUGCCAGACGCCCGCCAUUUAUCAGCCCAAGAUCACAACUAGUCAUAACAGGAAUCCUUAUCUCCAUCCAAGUUGUAUUCACAAUGAUCUGGCUUGUACUCGAACCGCCAGGAACAAGACGAUACUAUCCAUACGGGAAAAGAGACGAAGUUAUUUUGAAAUGUAAAGUAGAGGAUAUAUCUUUCCUCGUCUCAUUGAUAUAUAACAUGCUACUUAUCAUCAUAUGUACAGUUUAUGCAGUGAAAACUAGACGUAUUCCAGAGAACUUCAAUGAGUCCAAGUUCAUCGGAUUUGCUAUGUACACCACUUGCAUAAUAUGGCUUGCCUUUGUGCCCAUCUAUUUCGGGACACUGAAUUCCUUUCAGAUUCAGAUCACAGUGUUAUGUGUGUCUAUCAGCCUGAGCGCCUCGGUUGCCCUCGUGUGCCUAUUUACCCCAAAGUUGUAUAUAAUAGUCUUCCAACCCGAGAAGAACGUCCGCAAGCUCACCAUGAACUCAGCUACCUACAAAAAAGGUGGUGCUGGCGGCGGAAGCAGUAUAGGAUCCUCAAUGAACCACGGUGUUCCCCCGGAGAGGAUUCGUCUGAACGUACAGAGCUCUCCAAACACGGUUGGAGGUCACGGAACAACGGAGACGGAAACAGACAGAGAUAGCAUGGCCUCUCUGUGAAAAGACUGCAAACAAACUCGAAUCCAAAAUAGAUCCCCAAAAGCAGAGAUCGAUGGCGGCGCGAUCACACCUGACCGAGAGAUCAAUAUUCGAGUUUUAAAACCUCUACGGAAAGACUGUCCAUUAAUCGAUAAAAUCAAGACUACAACUUUACCAAAGAUCAAAAUCACGUUCCAUGGUAUUUUAGCCAAGCAAAAACUUGCUUUAUACACACUAAGGUGUUGAAUGUACGCAAUAAUUCGAAAAAAAAUGCGAUACAAGUUCACAACAAAGUACUAAG